AUGUUCACCUGUCCGGUCCCACGACAGUAUAUCCUUGUUUUCGGGCUUGUCGACAUCGCCUUGUCCAUUUCCCUCGCGGUUGGUGUCGUGCUGCAGUCCAGAUUUAUCCCACACAGCAGGGCUGGCUGCAGGAGCGUUGAGUAUUGGAGGCUGGGAGAUACUGACACCAUCAGUGACUGGUCUCUCCAACGUUCCUGUAGGAGGAUGGUAGAGCGCUGGUCAUUUGCCAUUGCUGUGAUGUAUGUGAAAUCUCCGUCUAUCUUUAAAUCUCGUCUCACUCGGGGGUACAGAAUCAUGUACUCCAUCUGCGGUAUUUUUACCGCUUACUUCGGCUACAUUGGCAUUUUACGGAAAAGAGACGAGCGUCGUGGCAAUUACAACAAGACAAGAAUAGGGACCCCCAUAGCAGUGUCUCGGUUUGCCUUCCGAACCAUCUACAGGAUCAUCCAGCAGAUAUUGCAGCGAGGAAGACGCUCAAAGACGUUGCCAAGCUCGAUUCAUAUGAAGCAUCGAUUCACAAUUGGAAAGCAGUCAAGAAUCAAGCAGAAACUCCCAGCUGGAGCCUUGGGACGCAUCUCUUCCUAUCUGCAUUACGUGGACCUCGUCCACCUGCAGCAGGCUUUACCGGAGAUCUUCGUCACAAAUACCAGUGAACAAAUCCCACUGGAGAACCUCCAGACUAAUGCCUGCAAUGAGAACAAAACACAGUGCAUGGACUGCAGCCAGUCCGUGACUGUUGGUAAAUCCGCAGUCCGCACGCACCUUGAACGCUGCGCGCCAUAUUGCACAAACUGCUUCUACGACCGCCACUGGGCCGUCACUGGGUCCAACAGUAGGUAUCAUAAGCGGAAGCUGGGCUGCGGCUAUGAUACCCCAGUUGAAGUAAAGGUUUGCCAGCUGUGUGUAGCCAUGGACCAACGGAAACGAGAGAAAGUCCUCGAAGCGCAAGAUCAGCUCCAGAUAGACCAACUUGUCCGACAGCAUCCCUUGGCUUGCACUGGGUGCCAGAAGACGCUUUCAUCGUCUGGCCCCUGGUGGUGGGAAUCUACAUGUUGGUAUGAGUACGGUGGGUUGCCUGAGAAUAGACUGAUGGCAACCCAAAGUGACGAGCCGUAG